AUGAACUACCAACGAGAAAUACAAAUAAAACGAAUAUCACUUGUCUGCAAUUCUUGUCGCGCCAAAAAAGUAAAAUGCGACAAGAUAAAGCCUUCCUGCUCGAGGUGCCUGAAACAUGGCACCCAAUGCAGCUAUACUCCAUAUAGAAAUAAGCAAAAAUCAGCCACUGUUGAGUCUCUGCAGAUGGAGGUCGAAAAAUUGAAAGAGCAACUGUCGAUUUGCUCUUCAUCAUCUACGUCUUCAUUCGAAACGCCUUUCGCAGAGAGCUCGGUCCAGUGGUGUGAUUUGGCUGUCCCGUUAUGCAUCAACGGAAAUUGGAAGUGUAACUAUCCUCCAUUUUCUGACUUGGGCCUUUUUGCUCGAGAUCGUCGGCUGCGGGACAGCAUUCCAGAAUUAUUUCACAACGAUGAAACUAAGAAGAAAAACGAACUUCAAGCAACAAAUAUCAAUGAAUCUUUAUACAAAGUGUUAUCAAGCGUCGAAGAUCUGAUGAAAAUGAAGUCUUUGUUCCUCAAAACGAUUUGGCCUCAUUACCCAUUCAUAGAUGUCGAGACUUUAAAUUAUGCCUUUGAUCAAGUUAAACAAAACGACACAUUUAUUUUCCCUUCUACUUCGGCUGCCUUGAAUUUGGUUAUAAUUAUUUCAUCCUUGACCAAAACAUCGCAAGCCGAUUUCCAAGAUCUCCUUCAAAUGGUUCAUAUCUUGGAAAUUUCAAGUUCUCCUAGUGAGCACAAUUUGGCCAUUUUAUUAUAUCUCAAACUGUCCGCCACUCUCAGUGCACUCUCUCUAACCAUAAGAGACAAUCUUUCAGACAUCAUUCUUAGUAUGGCUUUGGAGUUGGGUAUUUUUUGUGAUGCAGCCAACUUUAAAAAUAGGAGUCUGCGAGCUAAUUUAUGGUUCGGAACUGUCAUUCUCCUUGACUCACACUAUGUUGACAGCCUUUACAUCAAGGACUGCGCUUAUUACGAUACCACGCCGUUAAGCAUCAGAUAUCAAAUCAAGACAAAGUUUAUCACUAUGUCGCGACAAAUUUCAAAUUCAGUAUCUUUUAGCGAGUUAGAAUACUCUUUGAAUACAUUAGAAUCAUAUUAUGAGACUGAAGUGAAAUCUCAAUGCGAAGAGGGAAUAGCAUACCAUUGCCAAAUUUCUCUUUUGUCUUUGAAGCUGAAUGCUUCUAUGCUCAUGAUGUUACUAGAGGAGGGCGAUUUUUCUCUACAGGAUGCUCGUGUGUGUAAUUUACUUGUUGAUUUUGAGCGAUUGUCGAGUGCACUGAUAGUCUACUUUUCUCGGGAUGAGGUUGAGAUUGUUAUUUUGAAUAAUGAUACAGUUGCUGCAAUUAAAAUUCUAUCAUCCUUCGCGCUUAGUAUCGCUCUGAGGAUAUCAAGUGAUGAUCAUCAGAGGGUAUCUGUCCUGUCAAAAUUACAAAGAGGAAUUCGUGAGAUCUUCAAAAGCGUCCAAAGGUGUCAAGCCGAUUUCGGGUGGUUGAACAUAGUUUUGAAAUGGCUUUCUCCAGAUUGCUGCGGAGGGAGUUCAAGCUGGGAUCGAGACUGCGAAUCUUUAAUUUUUAACGACUUUGGCGGCCAAAAACCCAACGACAAUGCCAUUGGUGAUCUUUUGUUCCUAACGGAAGACGAAAGCUCUCCUUCUCUGUGCGUAUCGGGAAAUUUCAAGCAGCAAGCAUCCUCAGAUUUUCAGGAACACUUGAAUUUUGUUGAUAAAUGUCACAAUGUAUCACUAGCUUUGUGUGACAUUCAAGAUGUCGAAUUUGAUAUAUGCCAAUUUUUUAAGUAG